AUGUUGAGGCUUGUACUCUUCCAAACAGAACCUCAACGACCAGCUUUGAAGGUUUGAACACAAAACCAACACCAAUUGUUGUUUGUUUGACAGAAGAACGUGGUAGAAGAAGAGAGAGAAAAUCACACUACACAAUCAUCAUCAUCAUCUUGCACUAGAGAGAGAAAGUGGUGUCCUUUGACUGAGCCAGCCGGCAUAAGCCGUCUAAGGUUGUUGUCUGGUUGAUGAUAAUGUUUUUUUUAAUGUCUUAAUACGCGUUGAAUUUUCCAUCACACUUUUCUCUUUUCUCUUCGUUCCAAUUCUAAGGUCUCUCAAGUAAUUUUCUUUUUUGUGUUUUCAUUUUCUUUAUAAAAUUUUAUUCCAUGUUUUAUAAGUGUUCUCAUUUUCACCCCAUAACUUGAAUUUCAUGCCCUUUAUUUUCUUCGUUGGAAAAAUGUUUCCUUUUAGUAUUGGGAUCUGAAUUUCAUGUUUGUUUGUAGUUUUCUGCUUCAGAAUUCAAUUGGGUCAGUUUGGGAUUUUCAAAUAUUGGAUUCAAGGUAGAAAAGUUCCAAUCUUUGCUUUUGGGUUGAGAAUAAAACUAGUGGUUGUAAUUCUAUUUAGUGUGUGACUAUGUUCAUGAGUUUUUGUGGGGUUGUUAGAAGAACUUUUGCUGCUCUUGAAGGGUAAUAUUGGAAUUGUGAUAUUACAUAGUUGAAACAUGGGUUGCUUAUGUUCCAAGAGUUCAGCUGUAGAAGACAGCAAUGAAAGUACCUCAAAGAAAUUGCAGUCAAGUAGCACAAGAGCUUCAGAGUUGAAUGUUUUGAGGUUGAGUUCUUCCAAGAGGGUUGAAAGUGGAGGUGAUGUGAAAGUGAAAUCAAAUGGAUCAGUGCAGUUGUAUGAUGAUCAAAAUGGGAGGAAGAAGAAAGUUGAAAAGCAUGAAUUGACUGGAAUUGAUCAUCCUGGAUUUGGAAGGGUUCCGAAGGCUAUAGAAGCCGAACAAGUUGCGGCUGGAUGGCCGGCGUGGCUUUCUUCUGUUGCUGGUGAGGCUAUCAAAGGAUGGAUACCGCGAAGUGCAACUACUUUCGAGAGGUUACAUAAAAUUGGGCAAGGAACUUAUAGUACGGUGUAUAAGGCUCGUGACGUAACUAAUCAGAAGAUUGUUGCGUUGAAGAGGGUGCGGUUUGAUAAUCUUGAUCCUGAGAGUGUCAAGUUUAUGGCAAGAGAGAUACAUAUUCUGCGUAGGCUCGACCAUCCAAACAUAAUAAAACUGGAGGGUUUGAUAACCUCGGAAACAUCUCGUAGUUUGUACCUUGUUUUUGAGUAUAUGGAACACGACUUAACAGGACUUGCUUCAAAUCCUACCAUCAAAUUCUCCGAACCGCAGCUGAAAUGCUACAUGCGUCAACUUCUUAGUGGACUGGAUCAUUGUCAUAGUCAUGGUGUUCUUCAUCGUGAUAUAAAGGGCUCAAAUCUUCUCAUUGACAACAAUGGUGUUUUAAAGAUUGCAGAUUUUGGUUUGGCGAAUGUUUUUGACUCUCAUCACAAUAUUCCAUUGACAAGCCGCGUAGUAACACUGUGGUACAGACCGCCAGAACUUUUACUCGGAGCAAAUCAUUAUGGGGUUGCAGUGGAUUUAUGGAGCACUGGUUGCAUUCUGGGGGAACUGUAUACAGGCCGGCCCAUUUUGCCAGGAAAAACCGAGGUUGAGCAGUUGCAUCGGAUUUUUAAACUUUGCGGCUCGCCAUCUGAGGACUAUUGGCUUAAGUUACGGUUGCCACAUUCAACAGUAUUCAAGCCUCCACACCAUUAUAGGCGAUGCGUUGCGGAUACAUUUAAGGAAUACUCAUCAACUGCUCUUAAGCUUAUAGAGACCCUACUUUCUGUAGAUCCAUCAAAUCGAGGGACAGCAGCAGCUGCUCUGAAAAGUGAGUUCUUUACAUCAGAACCUUUGCCUUGUGAUCCAUCAAGUUUACCAAAAUAUCCUCCUAGCAAAGAGAUUGACGCUAAAAUGCGAGAUGAAGCAUCCAGAAGGCAAGGAACGGUUGGAGAUAGGGAACAAAAGGUUGGCUCAUCGGUUAGACAAGAAAAAGCACCUAGGGCCGUUGUUUCAACAAAAGACAAUGCCGACAUGGGCGCGUCAGUACAGCAGCAGAAACACUAUUCCUUCUCGAAGAACCGAAGCGAAUUGUCCUAUCCGCAUAGAGAACACGUGUCCGGGAUUGCAGGUUUCCCACACAAACAAUCAGAAGAUGCUAGAGAAAUGGAAAAUAACGCAUCCGGUCAUUUUUACAAGAGACCUUCCCAUUCAGGCCCAUUGGCUCCCGGUUCAGGCUGGGCAAGGGGCGUGAAGGAAGUUGAUAACGGGCCUACUGUUUCAAACAGAGUGAACCUAUCAAAACUAUCCGGGCUCGUGGCAUCUAGAACUUUGACGUCCGAAGAUCAGGAGACAAAGCCAGUUCCGUUUCCCAACAGAAAACCAAUCGAAGUAAGAAAGUCCCUCGAGGCGACUAGUGGGUCCGAGUCAAGAAGAAGGCGGGAUAAAAAACGGAUCGUCGAUCACAGUCAAAUUGUAAAUAGAAGAGUCCCGACCGAAAAAUCAACUCCGGACGGACAUGGAUCGAGUGGAAACAAGAUAUACAUGUCAGGUCCAUUACUGGCAUCAUCAAACAACAUGGAUCAGAUGCUGAAAGACCACGAUCGAAAGAUCCAAGAGUUUUCAAGACGAGCGAGAGGUGAGAAAGUCCGUGCACAGCGAAAGUAGUCGAAAAUUUCUGUUUCGUCAGCUGCAUUCAUAUGUUAUUUCUAUGAUAACAUUUAUUUACCUCUCAAAAAACACUUGAGAAAAACAAACAAGUAGCAAGAGGGAGUGCAUUCACUCUUUACUGUAAUAUAUCAUGUAAAUUUCAGGCUCUAUAACAACAAAUUUAUCUUUUUCUUA